UUGUCAUUCAUAUGUUUUUUACCCAAAUUUAAAAUUAUGGAAAAACCUUAUAAACAAAACGUAUUUAACUCUCAAUUACUUAAUUCUUUAAGUAAAGAUUUAUCAAAUGAACUUAAUAUAUCAUCUUAUUUGCAACAUGACUCCGAAUUUCAUAUAAGACCAUUAUCUAUAAGUGACUAUAACAAAGGAUACAUAUCGUUAAUGAGCCAAUUAACUUCAGUUGGCAACGUUGAUGAAGAAAUGUUUAUAAAUAAUUUUUAUUCAAUGCUCAAUUGCCCUGACACAUAUUAUAUUUGUGUUAUAGAGGAUACUAAUAAAUUGAGUGUAAUAGCCUCUGGGACAUUGCUAAUUGAAAAAAAAUUCAUUCACCAAUGUCUUAAUAGAGGAAGAAUAGAAGACAUAGUGGUUGAUAAAGAUUAUAGACAUAUGAAAUUUGGCAAAUUAUUAGUCUCAUUAUUAACUGCAUUAAGCAAAUAUUUAAAUUGUUAUAAAGUGUCUUUAGACUGCAAAGAAGCAUUGAUUCCAUUUUAUGAAAAAAGUGGCUAUAACCUAGAUUCAUCUAAUUAUUUCAUGUCAAUACGUUAUAAAGAUUAAAUACAUUUAUUUUAUUAAUCAAUACACACAUGUUAUAUUAAUAACCAAAUUUAUUGUUCAUAUAUUUGCAUUCUUUUAUGUUCGAUGGAUAACUAUUUAUAACAAAAAAUUAAUAUAUUAAAAAUAGAUAAUGAAUUACUAAACACACUAUAUCUCCUGUUCUAUUUAUGAAUAACUUUUCAGCUUUGAACUUCUUUAUUAGCUUUAAGCUAUCAUAUCCAAUAUCUGAUAUAUUUAAAUUUGGCCUUAAAAAAAUUUUAAAUUUAAAAAAUAAAUGAUCAUACAUAAUGCUUUCCAAUUCUUCAAAUUUUAAUGUGGAUUCUUUGAUAGGUAUUGAUAAUUGUAGAAUUUUUGGUAAUUUGAAUGUAGUCCAAAUUGAAUCCGAUACU